CACAUAAAAAACUAUAUUCUUCCACUCUUCCCUUUUCUUUUUAUGUGCAUAUUGAUCCCUUUUCAAUCCUAACUUUGUGACAACAAUUAUGACUCUUAAAAAGACACAACACCUUUCUCUUCAUUUCUUGUAUUCAUAUAAUACCUAUCAUAUUUAUUAGUUGGUGUUCUAAUUUAUGUCAACUUACAAUAGUGUUUUGAGAAAAAAUCUUUGAAAUGUCUCCACCAAAUUUUCCUCUCCGUUGGGAGAGUACCGGCGAUCAAUGGUGGUAUGCAUCGCCGAUAGAUUGGGCUGCAGCCAACGGUCACUAUGAUUUAGUUCGUGAAAUGCUUAGAAUUGAUAGCAAUCAUCUCUUCAAACUCACUUCCCUACGCCGAAUCAGGCGUCUGGAAGUAGUAUGGGAUGAUGACGAAGAACUCUUCAACAAUGUAGCGAAGUUUCGUUCGCAAGUAGCACAUAAACUUCUUUUAGAAAGUGAGUCCAAAAAAGGGAAGAAUUCAUUGAUCAGGUCGGGCUACGGCGGGUGGCUGAUGUACACGGCUGCAUCGGCCGGAGACGUGAACUUUGUUCAAAUACUUCUUGAGAGGAAUCCUUUGUUGGUUUUUGGUGAAGGAGAAUAUGGUGUUACUGAUAUACUUUAUGCUGCUGCUAGAAGCAAGAAUUGUGAGGUUUUUAGGUUGCUUUUCGAUUAUGCAGUUUCGCCGAGGUUUAUUAAUGGUAGAAAUGGGAUUAUGGAAGAACAUGUUGGGGUGAUUCCUGAUGUUUAUAGAUUGGAAAUGGUUAAUAGAGCUGUUCAUGCUGCGGCUAGAGGCGGUAAUUUGAAGAUUUUGGAGGGCCUUCUUGCAAAUUGUGAUGAUAUUUUGGCUUUUAGAGAUGCUGAAGGUUCUACUGUUUUGCAUGCAGCUGCAGCUAGAGGGAAAGUUGAGGUAGUUAAAUUUCUAGCAUCAUCCUUUAACAUAAUCAUCAACUCAACAGAUCAUCAAGGAAACACUGCAUUACAUAUAGCCGCUUCGCGAGGCCAAUUAUCAGCCGCUAAUGCUCUAAUCGCUUCGUCUCCGUCUCUAAUCUCUCAAAGAAACAACUCAGGAGCAACUUUUCUCCACAAAGCUGUUUCUGGUUUCCAAACACCUGCAUUCCGAAGAUUUGACCGACAAGUCCAGCUUCUAAGAAACUUAUUAACCACAAACCACUUUCAUGUCGAGCAAAUCGUCAAUCUCAAGAACAAUGACGGAAGAACAGCGCUUCAUAUGGCGAUCAUCGGUAACAUUCACAUUGAUCUUGUUCAACUUUUGAUGACAGCGCCGAAUAUAAAUCUCAACAUAUGUGAUGUUCAUGGUAUGACACCGCUUGAUUACCUUAAACAAAAUCCUAAUUCGAAAAAUUCAGAUAUCUUGAUCAAGAAACUGUUAUCGGCCGGUGGAAUGUUCGGUUUUAGAGGCCAUGAUUCGAGAAAAGCUAUUGCUUCGCAUUUGAGAAUGCAAAGCAAUAUUGGAACUAGUCCAGGCACGAAGUUCCGAAUACAAGACUCAGAAAUAUUUUUGUACACCGGAAUCGAAAACGUGUUGUCAAAUCAUCAUCGUGGAAUCGUUGGAGCGAGCAAUUCGUCUUCGUCCGAGAAUAUUCCGUAUGAACCAUCAGCCAAUGAGAGUUCUAGUAAGAAAACAAGUUCUGUUAACUAUGCAGCAUCAAGGUUGAAAAAAGCACUUCAUUGGAGUACUAAAACAAAAGAGAAGAAAAAAGUCGAAAGAUCGAAGAGAUUGUCUAAUGAUGAAGUUUCAUUGGAUUCAUCAUGCAAGAAAUUGAGUACUAAUAGUGUUGAUGAAAUUUCACUUAGACAAAGAUUUUCUUCUGCUUCAUCCUCGAAGCCGAACACGAUUCCGAAUAACAAAAGAACACUUUCAGUUAGGAGUUAUCAAUCGAGUCCUAAUGCUAAGAAGAGAUUCGCCUCUGGAAGAUCAAGAUCAAGUUCAUUUUCAAAAUCGUCGAUUUCUUCACCAAUCGAUUAUAAACAGAAAGGUGUUUAUAUCGAUCACAACGAAAUUGUUGCUGGACCGUCUUGCUUGAAUCAACAAGUACCUCGUUAUGAUGACGAUAAUGGUGACGAAUCGCCGAAAUUGGUUAAGAGAAAUUCUGUUGGCAGGAAGUUGAAGGGUCAUUAUUUCUGUUUUGGUGCACCUGGUCUUAAUGUGAAGAAUUCAGUUCAUAAAGCAAGUGUUGUUGCUGUGGCUUAAUUGGAAUGAGGUAAGAUUAGUUUAUGAUUAGGCUAAUGUGAAAUAAUGAAGGGAAAAAAAUUAUGAUUGCUUGAUCAAUAAGAAACAUGAAUUAUAGAUUUGUAUGAUUAUAGUUUGUUAAAAUUGAGAUUAGCUUAAUCUCAUGAACUUCUAAUGUUAACUGAAAACUUCUGUGUUGUAAUAUGCUUCUUAUGGUAUUGGGAUCAACUUAGUAUA